UAUAUACCAGGUACUGAUCGAAUUAGCAAAAUCGUGGCUAAGAAUCAGUUUACUAUUGACUUGAUUACCACCUCGCUUCUGAGCAUUCCUACAGGCACCUACACGACCGGCGACAACAUAUUUAUCGAUGGUACAGAGUGUGACAUUCUCUAUCUGCCUCGUUUAGCAGAUCUUAGCAAGUUAUCCCCUGUAGUAGUGGAAAUACAGCACACAAUGACACAUGAGUUUAUGUGCCAAGCCGUCCAGUACUGCUUGAAUGUGUAUAAGCAUUUCCACAUCUUCCCAAUCCUACUCAUCGUCUGUAUCUCAAAAACGGAAUCCAAAGCCCUCGGGGACCUCUUCAAACCUAUCCAAAACAAGUCUAACCUCCUGCAAACGCCUUGCUACCACUUUGCAACUAGUUGCUUCAUGCUGACCAAACAGAGUAUCGAUCCUUUUAUCGACAAUCGUGAUUUCAAUGAAUUGGACCCUUUGGUUGCCUUUGCCCAUUUCGUGAUGUCUGGUUAG